UAUUGCUGAGUUAAUAGCAUUUAGAUGCUAGUUUGUCAUCCUUUUGGUGCUUCUUGAGAUAUCUCGGAUUAGUUUUCCAAGAUAUUUUAGGAUUCGUAAACAAUUUAGGAUUUGAAAAAUUAAGUUCGAUGUUAUAUCCUUGCUUUGUUUUAAUUAAAUUAAGAAAAGAUGAAGAAGAAAUGCUGUGUUUUUAUUAAGUUUUGAUAGCUUAUAAAGGACAAGUCUUAAGAUAAUAUUUUGCUAUAUUGUGACACUAAGGGAAGAGGGAGUCAUUGAAGCCAUUGGAAUGUCUCUAAAUUGAUCAAACAUGAGUAUAACCUUAUUUUCCACUAUAUACUUCAAACCCCUCAAAAAAUACAUCAACACCUCAAAACCUAUCUCUAAAACACCUAAUUACAACAUUAGCUACCUCCUAGUCUUCCAUCCCCUCACCUCCCUCACCUCCCUCUCUUCCUUCCUCUCUAAACCUCCAUUCCCAACCCCCCAAAUCUUUCCCAUGCCCCUUCCCAAUCCCCAAACCUCGCUUACACUAUCCCCUUCCCAUAGUCAGCCUAAUCGGCUCUAACAUAACAAUUUUCACGAAUCCUUCAGGGAAGGACUCGUACACCUACAGUGCCAAGAUGAAGGCAGGCAGUAGUAGGAGGGUGUCCCUUAAUGAGUAUUAUGAUGUUUAUGUGCUGGUCGAGCCUGAUGUGAGCUAUAACAACUUUAAUAUUACUCUGAAGCCUUCUGGAGGUAUCUCUCAUACGAAGACUGUUUGGAUCGUUUUAGGAAUCUGCUCUGGAGCUUGCUGUCUCUGCUUCUGCUGCAUCCUGGCUAUAUGUAUUUGAAAAAAGAAGGGAUGUUGUCUUUGUUGCAUUAAUAACCAUCAAAUUCAUCCAGGAAAUUCUGAAGGUGUUAGGCUAUACAAUCGCCCAGAUAACCAAAGUCAGCCAAUGCCACAGAUUUAUGAUAAUGGUGUUGUCUCUGGUGGUCAAACGGGAGCUAGGGUCAAUGCAUCCUACCAAAUCCAACCCCAUAAUUAUCUUGGUACUACUCAGAAUAUGACUACCAAGCAGGUAACAUGUCAAUGCCAAUGUGGGCAUAUACACUGAACGAAGGUAUACUCCAACAACACUCCAGAUUUAUCAACCAAGCAUCAACCCAAUCAUGGAGUCCAAGAAGGCCAUGAUAAUCUUAACGAAGAAGAGAAAGAGGAGAACCAAAAGAUUCAUUCUGAAUAA